CUCUACAGCAGAUUGUCACGGAGCUUGGGAGUUCAGGCUAUAUUAUGUGGAAUGGCUUUCAACGAGCAACGCGAGCAGAAUCGUCAUGGCACAAUCCACUCCUCGAAUUUGGCUAAUUACAGGUUCUUCCUCUGGAUUCAGCAGGGCGAUGGUGGAAGAGGUCUUGCAUAACGGCGAGAUGGCUGUCGCUACUCUGCGCAAGCCAUCCGUCCUUGAUAACCUCGCGGCUCAAUAA